UUUUUUCUCUCGUUCCUUGCGUUAUUUCAUCUCGAUCAACGCGUGACAGUGCUGGAAAAAUUUUGUUUCACGGAUCUGUUGAUUUCUCUUCUCGGUGAGAACGAGGGGAGUUAUGGAACUAGGCAAGAAAGUUUCGAGCAUGCAUGCGUUAGGCGAGCUCAAGUAAUAAAUUGUGUUAUGGAUAUGGAAUGAAAAAUUAGAUUUUUUUUAAAUGAAAUUUUAUUUUCUUUACAUUUAUCGAGGACGUGAUUUGUAAAAUAAAAUUUUAAUGGUGAAUGAGAAACAUAUUUACAUGGUGAUCACUAAAUCUAGGAAUGUUGCAAGUGUAGUAAUAUACAAAGUGCAAAUUUUCUUUAAAUGGAUAUUUCUGGAUAUUAAAAUCCAUAAGUGAUCUAUCCCAACUGCCAUUUUACCAAUAAACGAGGUAAUCAACGAGUUCAAUAGAAAUGAAACGAUGAAAAAUGUUCGAAAGAGGAUAUAAUUUUUUAUAACCUCACAUCUCUUCGUCGAAAAGAAGAUAUUUCUUCGAUAUUGAAACACCUGUGUUUUCCUGUCCACCGAGAGAGAAAGGGAAGAACGAGAAAGAAUCUGAAAGACAUUUUUACCAGGGAAAAUCAUUCCAAAUUCAUAUCGAAAACAUGAAUUUAUCCGACGAAUAUUCAAAAAUAUCCAACAGAGCACACGUUUGGACGUCCAUCUCCUCGGACACUUAAAUCGAAGAAAAUUCGAAAAGCGAAUCGAGAGCGAAAUGUUAUAAAGUGAAGAAGAAUGAGCGAAAAGAAAUUAACGACGACAAAGGAUCCGACCGAUUUGAAGGAUCCCAAGGUCGGCGAUCUGUUUCGAAGAAACCGAAUUACAAAAAUUUCUUCUUUCUUCCAUCAAAACGAUCAAACACUCGUCUCUGUUGGAUCAACUUCAUCAAACGAAUAAAAUUUUUGAACCUUCGGACGAACAUAACCUCUUAACAAGACGCCUCGUCUUACGCCUCGUCUUUUAUAGGUUAGGCUGCAAGUCUGGAUCAAAGAUGUGAAAAGUACUAAAAAGAUCGACGAACGAUGUUUGGAAUCGUUGGUGAUUCGAUAAUGCACCGUUUCGUCGUGUAACAAAGAGAGAGAGAGAGAGAGAGAGAGAGAGAGAGAGAGAGAGAGAGAGAGAGAGAGAGAGAGAGAGAGAGAGAGAGAGAGAGAGCGAAGAAACUUGACAGUUUCUUCAAAUAUCCAAGAUGCUGGACAUAUUCCGGGGCCUGAAGAGCCUGAUCAAGAUCUCCCACGUGCACAUCGAUACAGCUGUAUUUCGAUUGCAUUACAGUUUUACCGUGAUCCUCUUGAUCUCAUUUUCGUUGAUCGUUACUACGAGGCAAUACGUCGGCAAUCCGAUCGAUUGUAUCCACAGUAAGGAUUUGCCGGAGGACGUGCUGAAUACGUAUUGCUGGAUCCAUAGUACGUACACGAUCACUGCGGCUUACAGAAAACGGGAAGGAUUCGAGGUACCGUUCCCUGGUGUGGAUAAUUCCAAAUCGCAUCCAGAGGCGGAGAGGAAGGAGUACAGGUACUAUCAAUGGGUCUGCUUCAUGCUGUUUCUCCAGGCAAUCCUCUUCUAUACGCCUCGAUGGCUGUGGAAAGGCUGGGAGGGUGGCAAGAUCCAUGCGUUGAUGAUGGAUCUCGACAUCGGCCUUUGUUCCGAAGUCGAGAAGAAGCAGAAGAAGAAGAUGUUACUCGACUAUUUAUGGGAGAAUCUUCGGUUUCACAAUUGGUGGGCUUACAGGUACUACCUCUGUGAAGUUCUCGCUCUGCUGAAUGUGGUCGGUCAGAUGUUUCUAAUGAACCGGUUCUUCGACGGUGCGUUUUUGACGUUUGGUAUCGACGUGCUCAGGUUUCUCGAGUCGGAUCAAGAAGACCGGGUCGAUCCUAUGAUCUAUGUGUUCCCGCGGAUGACCAAAUGCACCUUCUACAAAUAUGGCGUAAGCGGUGAGGUCGAAAGGCACGACGCCGUUUGCAUACUGCCCUUGAAUGUUGUCAACGAGAAAAUAUACGUUUUUCUAUGGUUUUGGUUCCUCUUUCUCGGCGUGCUUAGUUUCAUCACGGUUUUAUAUAGGAUCGUAAUUAUAUUUUCGCCACGAACGAGGGUAUACCUUCUACGAUUACGAUUUCGUUUAGUCAGAAAAGAGGCCGUAGAAACGAUAGUUCGGCGGAGCAAGGUCGGCGAUUGGUUUCUUCUCUACAUGCUCGGCGAGAAUUUAGACACGGUGAUAUACAGGGAUGUGAUGCACGAGCUCGCGAAUAAGCUCGCCUCGAGACACCAUCACAGUGUGCCCGGGAUCAAAGGAGAGCUGCAGGAAGCCUGAUCGAAAUUGCCUCGGAGAGCUAUGGAAACGAACACGAUUCUUGAGGCGACGAGAAUAUUUUUCACUGAAAAACAAAAGUGCAAAGGAUGCCAAAGGUGGAGAUUCAAGGAUAUGCGACGAAAUAGAACGGAUCGUUUUAUAUCCGCAAUUGGAAUCGCGUGUUUUCCUUCCUUGUAUCUUCGAUACGGUUCGAGUGUUAUUUUGUGAAUUAUUUUUAUGAACGUUGCGCCGUACCAACGAGAAAAAAAAAAAUGUUUGUAUUAAUAAUCAUGCUCGCGUGAAAAGACAAAUUGCCAGCGUGCCUUAAACGACGAUUUUAAAUUUUUCGAGCACACUCGAAUUUUAUAAAUUGAAAGAAUAGAAUAAUAAUAUAAGGAAAAAAUGGACGAAAUUGUAAUGAUAUUAUAUUUGAGAUUGAGAAGAGAUUUGAAGAUUUAAAGAGUUUCAUGGACCAUUUUUACACGAUUGACCAAUCGACUAAAAAAUUAGUUUCUUACAAUGGAAUAAGAAUGAAUAAGACGAGAAAAUGGUUUUUUAUUACAUUGAAAUUCCUAGUGUCUUGUUAGAAAUGAAAAUAAAAGUAUGUAUUCCUUUCACCUAAAGUGUUCUACCUCGUAAGUACAGUUACGUUGAAAGCCGGCAGGUUGGAACUCCGCCAUUUUCUCAUGGAACGCGUGUUAUGUAUUAGGUUAUUAUAGAUGAUGUGAUCAAAUUUUUGCAAUAAAGUAUAAAAUGAUUAAAAUUUUAUUGAAAAUGUAUUUAUAUAUCUACUGAUAUAUAGAGAUUGAAAUCAAAGAAAAGAAAAAUUUUUCAGUUUUGAGGUUAUAAUUUUAUUAAUAUUCUGAAUAGCUUCAAAAUUAAACUUGUAUUAGAAAAUAUUUUCAAAAUUAAUUUUCAUCUAUGAUUCGUAUUAAUUAAAGAUGGAAUAUUUGAAACUGUGAAAUAAAUAAUAUUUAAAUGAAAUCAAUUUAAUCGACUCUGAAAAAUUUGUUGGAGACAUUUUAUAUGCGACAAUUUAAAAAUACAUUGAUAAGAAGAUUCUGCAAUGAGAAAAUGUACUAUAUUUUUCUUUUGCAAAGACUGUGCUAACGUAAAACGAACUAGCGAGAGUAACUUUUAUCGACAAUUCGUGAAAAAUAAAUGUAUUUUUAUUUAAAAGAUAAUUUAAUAAAUAUAAUUUAUCAUAUUGAAAGAA